AUGAUCCAAAUCCAUGAGCUGGAAGAGAUAAGGCACCUCGCCUAUGAAAGCUCCAAAAUUUACAAGGAGAAGACCAAGGCCUACCAUGACAAGCGUAUCAUUGCCAGACAUUUCGAACCAAACGAUAAGGUCUUGCUUUUCAAUUCAAGGUUGAGGUUGUUCCCAGGCAAGCUGAAGUCUAGAUGGUCCGGACACUUCACUGUUAAGGAAGUUCGACCCUACGGAGCUGUUGUGUUACUGGACAGAAAAGAAGACGAGUUCGUAGUGAACGGACAGCGCUUAAAGCAUUACCUUGCUGACUCCACUAUCGCAGAGGGCGAAGAAAUUCCCCUAAGCGAUCCCCCAUCAGCCUGA